CACAAUUAUGUCGCAAAUUUACUACAUGUAGGUGUAAUUUUAACACACUUGCUACAUAUUUCCGAUUUACACAAGGGAUAUAUUAUAUUUACUUCAACACUAAAUUGAACAUGAAUAAUAUUGUUGGAGCGAAAAGGAAGAAAAGGUUACGAAAGAUUCCAAAUAAAAAAUGGUCGGAGAAGGAAGUUGACAUUAUUUUAGAUUAUAUACUUCAGGCAAGUGUUUUCGAGCUGCCCAGUGCCCAAGCUUAUUACAGGGAACUGAUUAAGCAAACAGGAAUUGAUGCUGAAUGGAAUUUACUUAGAUGGAAAGUGCGAAACAUGAGAAUUUCUUUGAGAAAAGCAAAUGACUGGUUAAAAUCCACCGAAUGUGAGCAAUUGGAUGGUCCGACAAAAGAAUAUGAAAUUGAAAAACGCGUUUUAAGUAUUUGCCCAUACUAUAAAAAACUAACUACAAUAUUUGGCGUAGAAUUUAGUAUAAGAAAAGCUACACAAUUUUCGGGCUGUAAUGAUGCAAACGAGAAUGAAACUGCAGAAUCCGAACAAUCGCUUUCAAUGAUUAUUGAUGACCCUGACAGCUCUUCUCAGAAUUUAAGUGAUAGUCCAAUAGCCAUUGCUCAAAAUGAAGAUUUCCAAGUGGAACAGGCGGAUGUUCAAACAUAUAAAGUAGAGUUUGAUUCAGUGAGCCACUUGGAGCUUGAGGAAGAAAAACAACUUGAGAAUAGUGAACUAAUUAAAAAGUAUGAAAGUGAAAAUAUAAAGGAAUUUGAACUAAGAAGAUAUGAAUUGGAGAAAAUCAAACUGCAGUUUGAAAAGGAGAAAUUUGAAAAGGAAAUGCAAUUGCAGGAGAAGCGCUUGAAGCUUGAAGAGGAAAAACUUAAAGUCGAGCAGAGAUGGCAAGAGAAAGAAUUUGAAUUAAAAAAAUUAGAAAUCGAAAAGAACGAAAGAAUAGCAAUGUAUGAAAUUGAUAAAAAAUAUCAAAAUGCGUGAAAUUUCGUAGACAUACAAUCAGGUCAUGAUAAAAGGUUUGCUCAAUAAUAAAAGGUUUGCUCAGUAAGCAGCUUUCUCAUUCCCUCUUGACAAAUCGGCUCCCUUAGCAAGACACUGGGUUGCUAGCUCAAGAAAUUUUGACUAAAAGUGGAGGAAAAGUAAAAUUUGUAGAAAAAAACAUUUCAUUUUCAAAAUGGACUGCUUACGAGCAACAACUCGCUCAAGAGUUUUCAUCGGUAUGUUCAGGACUAUGGCAGUAUGACAUGGAAUACAUAGCGCUUAAGUCAAGACAAGAUAGAGUAUUUGACACAAUCCGAGAUCGAGAUGGAGAAUUUACAAAGCUUUAUUUCUUAUGAUGUGGUGAUUUAAACGGAAGUCAUGUUUUGCAGCUAGCGUUUGCUAAAGAGUUACA